CCAUGUGGCAUUCGCAGCCGCCCACGCUCGGGCUCCGCCCCCAGCACUGUCCGCAAGCAAGGUCAGCCAUGGCUGCGCUAUGUCGUAAAGGUCGCGUGGACGGAAAGAAGAACCUCGUCCAAAUCGGACUGGGAUUCAGUAACAUUACAAUGGCAGGGCACGGCGUGCCAUCACCCCUUCCAUCCACCUUCCAAUCUGCAUCUAACAGCUCACAGCAAGCAAAGGCAAAAGGAGAAGGACACGCACAGACUUUUCACCAACGCGGGCACGACCAGAGGCAUUCGCGGGCGGUCGCGACAGUUCCCGCGCGGCGCUGUUGAGCGGAGACGAGCUCGCGCGCUGCAGCCGCCAGGCGCCGACGCCGAGCGUCGCCCCACCCCGCGCCGCCGCACAGCCAAGCCCCCGAACCGUCCCGCGCUGCCGGCGAGCGCCGCGCCGCCCCACGCCGCCGCACCAGCAAGCCUCGACCCGUCCCGCGCCGCCGCACCACCGGAGCCGCCGAGCGCCGACCCACCCCACGCCGUCGCGGCUUCCGAGCGCCGUCGCGGCUGCCGAACGCCGCCGCCCCUGCCAGGCGCUGUCACCGCGCGCCGUCGGCCUCGCCUGGCCCUGCGUCCUUCGCCGACCACACCGAGCAGUACCUGACUUGGGUGAAGAUCAGAUUUGAGUGAGGAGGUGUACAGUUGGGUGUUCUCUGUUUUCUCCAAUUUAACUGAAAUUGGUGUGGCAGUGUGAGGUGCAAUGGCAGGAAUUGAGAAGUGGGUACCUAGAGCUGGUCUGAACUUCAAAAAUCUAGAUGAUGCUUGGCAAUUUUGGCUAGCACAUGGGGGUCGAACAGGCUUUGAUGUUAGGAAGAGAGGCAGCAAUAUCAGCAAAAUUGACCGUAAAGCAACUUCAUGCAGAUUUGUUUGUUCGAAUGAGGGUGUUCGAAGGAAAGGGCAAACUGAUCAUGUGGCGAAGAUUUUUAGAGCUGAAACGAGGACUAAUUGUGACGCUCGGAUGGUUCUUUCAUUGAAUCAGUUGACUGGAAAUUAUGAAGUCAUGGGAAAGGCAAUAGAGAAAGUAUUCAUAGAAUCAUAUCAUGGAUUGUGCACCUUUCACAUAAUGCAGAAUGCCGUCAAACAUUUAUCUCCUGUGAAGGGCGAAGAUGAAGUUGAAGGUGAAGAUGAUGAACCACAUAUCCUCUCAGAUUUUAGUGCUGGAACUUUCUAUUGGGAGGUUGGAUGGAACUUUUGAGGAGGAGCGCAUAGUGACCGGUGAUCCUCUGACCCAAACAGUUUCAUGUACUUGUGGAAUCUUCAACCGGGUAGGAAUAAUGUGUGCACAUGGUCUGAAAGUUCUUGACUUGAUGAAUAUAAAGAUAUUGCCAGCCCACUAUGUGUUGAAGAGAUGGACUAGAGAUGCACAGAAAGGAAUUAUAUUGGACAGACAAGGAAGAAACGUGGUAGCUGAUCCACAACUAGAAGCUUCGCUUCGAGUGAAGAAUCUGUCUUAUAAAUUUCUCACCUUGGCCAAAAAAAUAGCCAACUCUGAGGAGUGUUGUUUGAUGUUAGAAGAUGCGAUUGAAUCCAUUGGUCCAAAGUUGGAGGAUAAACUGAAUGCAUCUGCUAGUGUUACGAAUGAACCAAGCAAGAAAACAAGCAAGGAACAAGAAAAUAUUGAUCCAAAUGUGCAACAAACAGCCAACUUUCUAAAUGCCGCACAAUUGAAGAAAAAAGAGGUACAAUCCAAAAAUAUUAAGAGGACCAGAACUUUUAUGGAGAAAUUGCGCAAGGGAAAGCGCAAGCCAACUAAAUCUGCCCCAUCAACGACAAAAGGAGCAAAGCAACCAAAGAAGGAUGAUGUUGUACAACCUCAAGUCGAAGUGCAAAAUGAUGGCAACAAGAAAGAAGCACAUGUACUGCAUGAAGAAUAUAAUGUCAUUGGCAGUUUUACUCAGCUCUUGAGUGCUCCUACUUGUGAUGAUGAUAGUCUCUAUGAUGAAAAUAUAUUCUAGUUUCUAGAAAUCGGUUAUAUAGGAUUUUGGUGUUAACUUUUGUAUUUUGGAGGCUAACUAUAGUCUUUAUAGGCCAAAGUGUACAAGUGAAAAUGGCCUAAUUGCUACAGAUUGCUAAGUAUGCUCACUGUUAAGUGUAGAAUUCCAGUGUUCAGUCGCAAAUAUUGCUAAAUUGUCCUUUGUAUAAUAUCAGUCCAGAUGCACUAUUUUUUUCUUGGCUUCAUUUUGUUCCAUAUAUGUCCAUUAAACUGCAGUCUGGGCAUACUUAAAAUAGUGCAAGGUACAAUUUAUAAGUUCACUUUUGAUUCAGACUGGGCAAGUACUGAAUUUUGAUUCAGACUGGACAAACAUUGUACAAGUCUGUGCGUGUCCUUCUCCUUUUGCCUUUGCUUGCUGUGAGCGGUUAGAUGCAGAUUGGAAGGUGGAUGGUA